AUGCAUUUCUCUUACAUGGCCAUCGUCGGAGCCUUGCUCAGUACCGUUAUUGGCUCCACCAUUCCCUCCCUCGAUGACAAUGCUCUAUCAUCACCGGUAAUCGACACCCGAGCAGCAGGUGGUGGCCAUUUCUCAUUGGAACUCAAUGCCGGCACCACGGAGGACGAUUUCCAAGAGCUGAAAGACGAUUUGCGUGAGGAAUUUCCAAAGGUUUUAUUCCGAUGGACUAAAAUGGAGACGGUCAGAGUCAAGAAGACCGCGACGGUGACUCUUACGGAGAAAAACAAAGAUAAAGUGAAGGACUUUUUGGAUGAUCAUCCUAAGGUUUUGAAAGCGAAAUGGGUUCUCGACGACGUCGAUCAAGGACUCAUGGAUAAAAGAACUCCUGGGGAAGACGUAAAUACCAAGGAUCACGAUCUCACGAAACGACUCGCAGUGGACUACUUGAUGAUACAGAUAGCACCUUGGAUGACGGGCGAAGAUUACGAAACCCUGAAAGAUGAUAUGAAAGAUCAUUACAAAGGCGACACCACAUGGAGUCGAUUGUCGACACCCGAAAACGUUGCAAUUUUGACUGUUGGGAAACCCAAGCAUGCACAGAUCAUCACCUGGCUUCGUAACAGGACAGAUCGCCCUAAAGUUAUUACAAUCCGCGAGGUACAGGGAGGCCAAACAGUCCAAACCAUAGACAAUUUUUGA